UUUAUUCCUGUUUUCCUUUUGUCAUGAAACAAACGCUCAGCUGCUCGGAACCUUUUCCUCCAGUGCUGGCUGUGUCCCCGGGAGAACCACUGAGGACCUCUGUGGGGGUGAGAGCGGCCGGGGACUCGGGGAGCCCAGCGCCGCGGGGCGCAGGCGGGGCCACCUGUCAUCCGGCCCUCACUCCGGCCCAGCAAAAAGAGCCGCGGGUCUGUCGUUCCGGGCCUGGCAGACGACUUUCGCGAACUAACCACCAGGAGGAGUGUGUGGGAAGGGGAGGGGUUUGUCCUCGGCCCGGGGAGGGUGGGGUGUUGGCUGGAGAGUUUGUGAAAAGUUGUGAGACUAGCAGGAGGAAGUGGGGACGGAGAAGUUGGUCUGUGCCGGAGGCCGAGAACCGAAAGGUCUCUGAUGACUCCUGGAAAGCCCAGGUGGCAGGAAAGGAGCCGAGCGCCUGCAUGAAAAGAAGGACCUGCUGGGAGGUACGCUCCUACCUGAGCCGGGAGCCCAAGCUGCGGCUUCCGCAGCCCUUCCCCUGUGUAGUGGCUGGGUGGCUGCGUCUGCGCCUUAGCUGUUAGGAUCCGGAUGGCCGUGAGGUGGACUUGGGCAGGCAAGAGCUGCCUGCUCCUGGCCCUUCUAACAGUGGCCUAUAUGCUGGUGGAGCUCUUGGUCUCCACUUUCCAUGCCUCCCCAGCAGCCGGCCAUGCCAGGGAGCGGGGGUCAAGACGGCUCUCAGACCUCCAGGAACAGGCAGAGGAUUUGUCUCGCCCACUUUAUGAGAAGCCCCCUGCAGAUUCCCAUGCACUUGGGGAGUGGGGGAGAGCCAGCAAACUCCAGCUCAACGAGGGUGAACUGAAGCAGCAAGAAGAACUCAUUGAGAGAUAUGCCAUUAAUAUUUACCUCAGUGACAGGAUUUCCCUGCACCGCCACAUAGAGGAUAAAAGAAUGUAUGAGUGUAAAUCCAAGAAGUUCAACUAUAGGAGACUUCCUACCACCUCUGUUAUUAUCGCUUUCUAUAAUGAAGCCUGGUCAACUUUGCUCCGCACCAUUCACAGUGUUUUAGAAACUUCUCCUGCAGUCCUUUUGAAAGAGAUCAUCUUGGUCGAUGACUUGAGUGACAGAGCUUAUUUGAAGACACAACUUGAAACUUACAUCAGCAAUCUGGAUAGAGUUCGCUUGAUUAGAACAAAUAAGCGAGAGGGGCUGGUUAGGGCCCGUCUGAUUGGUGCCACUUUUGCCACUGGGGAUGUCCUCACUUUCCUGGAUUGUCACUGUGAGUGUAAUUCUGGUUGGUUGGAACCACUUUUGGAAAGGAUUGGUAUGGAUGAAACAAUAGUUGUUUGUCCUGUUAUAGACACCAUUGAUUGGAAUACUUUUGAAUUCUACAUGCAAACAGGGGAGCCCAUGAUUGGUGGGUUUGACUGGCGUUUAACAUUUCAGUGGCAUUCUGUCCCCAAACAUGAAAGGGACAGGCGGAAAUCAAGAAUUGACCCUAUCAGAUCACCCACCAUGGCUGGAGGACUGUUUGCAGUCAGCAAGAAAUAUUUUCAGUACCUUGGAACAUAUGACACUGGAAUGGAAGUUUGGGGAGGUGAAAACCUGGAGCUUUCUUUUAGGGUGUGGCAGUGUGGUGGUAAAUUGGAGAUCCACCCAUGUUCCCAUGUGGGCCAUGUGUUCCCCAAGCGGGCACCAUAUGCUCGCCCCAAUUUCCUACAGAAUACUGCUCGGGCAGCGGAAGUGUGGAUGGAUGAGUACAAAGAGCAUUUUUACAAUCGAAACCCUCCAGCAAGGAAAGAAGCUUAUGGUGAUAUUUCUGAAAGAAAACAACUACGAGAACGGCUGAAAUGCAAGAGCUUCGACUGGUAUUUGAAAAAUGUGUUUCCUAACUUACAUGUUCCAGAGGAUAGGCCAGGCUGGCAUGGGGCUAUUCGCAGUAUGGGGAUCUCUUCUGAAUGUUUAGAUUAUAACUCUCCUGACAACAAUCCCACCGGUGCUAACCUUUCACUGUUUGGAUGCCAUGGUCAAGGAGGCAAUCAAUUCUUUGAAUAUACUUCAAACAAAGAAAUAAGGUUUAAUUCUGUGACAGAGUUAUGUGCAGAGGUUCCGGAUCAAAAAAAUUAUGUAGGAAUGCAAAAUUGUCCUAAAGAUGGGUUCUCUAUUCCAACAAACAUUAUCUGGCAUUUUAAAGAAGAUGGUACCAUUUUUCAUCCACACUCAGGACUGUGUCUUAGUGCUUAUCGGACACCUGAGGGCCUACCUAAUGUACAAAUGAGAACUUGUGAUUCUCUAGAUAAAAAUCAAAUUUGGAGUUUUGAGAAAUAGAAGAGCACAACAGCACUUUUGUCAUGAACUGACAAUAGCUACAAGAAAGUCAAAGAGACUUCAGAGAGCCUCAGUGAAGAUUGUAUUUUAUGAGAAGUCACCCUACCAUCAUUUGUGAGAGCACUGAAAAGCUGUGGUUGAUUUUGGUAUAUUACACUGAAACUGGGUGCACAGAGUGCUGCUGUUUAAUAUUUCAAAGUGCCUUACUUAUGGAUUGUUUUAUUUAAAAGCUUUGUCAGUAUGGUCUCUUCCUUCUCCUUAAAGCAGUUGACUGUGAAUUGCAAUAUACAGAACAUUUAAAUGCCAGACUUAAUAUUAAAGAAUGUAAAAGUCCAAGGAAAAUGAGGUGUGAUUUAUGUUAAUGGGUAAGUUCACUGCACAUUCCAUUUUUCAAUAAAAUUCAUAAAUGUGCAGUUUGAGCUAUUGCUAUUUUGAAUACAUAGAUUUGAAUUUCUUUUUGCAAGCACAUUAAAUUUUAGGGUUUGGUUUACUUUUUAAUCUAAUUUUCCUCUAAUCAAAUAAAAAUCAAAGAAAGUUGAUCUUAAGAAGAAAGGCCUGGUUUUAGAUGUAUGAUUGGAAAAGGGCAUUUGUUUGAAUGUGAGUUCAGAGGUCUUUUUAACAUACAGACAUCUCAGAAAACUAUAAUCACAUCUAAGUGAAAUGGGGAGAUAUUUACAUUCCACACUUUGUACACUUGAGCUUUUGGACUUAACUGAUUUAUAUAUUGAUACCUCAAAUCGCUCUGAUUUUAUAAGCUGUCCUCUCUGUUAACCUGUUUCUUUGUGUAAGGCAUUUUCUGAUUACACUUCCUUAAGUUAUGAAUGUACUAGAAAGGGGCUCAUUCAGAAUACUGUGCCUCCUUUUGUUAAUGCCUAAUCAUUUAAAGUAAACACAACUGAAGCCUCUCUGAAGUUAAACCUAACUGUGUUUACUAAAAUGUGUGAAACUGAAAGUGGGCCAGAUUUUACAAAGGCUGUGGAACUCUUCUACAAGUUCUUGCUGAUCAGGAUAUUUAAGGAUUUUUCUUAAACAUGCAAGGAAACAAAGAUUGCCUUGACAGUUGUGAACACUGACUUCCAGCUUGUUUUCAGUACCUAGCACUGAGCCUGGCACUCAGGCAGCUUUUGGUAAGUGGGUGAAUGAAUGACUAAAUGAAUGGCUCAACUGAGGAAUGUGACUUUGGUCAAGUAAUUUGAUGUGUUUUUGCCUUAGUUUCCUCAUAUGUAAACCGUGUGUGCUGGAUUAGAUCUUGAAGAUCCCUUCCAGCUCUGAAAUGUUGAUUGUAUAUUAUGUCCUUCUCAAAGUCAGUCACCGUGCAAUCUUUUUUUUUUUUUUUUCCACAUUUGCUGACCUUUAUUCAAAGCAUGGUGCUCUCACUAUGCAAUCUUUACAACACUUUUUAUUUCUUUACUUUUGACAUAGGUACUGUUGAGCAGAUGUUCAAUCCACUUGUGAAGCUGGAAGAGAGAAAUGGUUUUAAAAAUUAAGUGAGCUGUGCUCUCCCAAAAUGGUUUAUUUCUAUGGGUUAAGAAGUUGUAGUCAGUGUUUGUAGCCAUUUCGUUUUGGCAAUUGUUGAACGAGCUUUGUUUUUAAAACCUUUAGACUCUAAUAUUUUCACUAACAAUGUAAAUAUUUUCCAAACUGCAUUAUUUGAAAAGUAAAAGCUUUUUUUUUUUUUUAAAAAAAAAAAAGUACUUUUAUUGAUUUCAUACCAAUGUUAUAUCCAGAAAUUACAGGCUGGAUUUAAAAUUAAAUUUCAAUUACUUCACUUUGAUUUAGAGUUAUGAAAAUGCAUUGUUUAAUGAAUUAGUCCACAGUAUUCAUGAGUAAAGUUGUUUUUAGUGUUUACUUGAUGACUUGGAGAGUAGGAAUUUUGUAAAAUUGAAUUUAAGAAAAUUAUUUAGGAUAACCAUUUCAAAAAACGAAAUUGCUAUGCAAUCUUGAAUAUUUCGUUUCUCUUUUGCCUCUUAAAAUGAAAAUGUGUUCAUUGUUUUUAUAAGUUAUUCAUGACCUUAAAAUUUAUCAAAGAAUGGUCCAGAUUCUGGGUCCACUAUGCUUGGCCCUGGAUUUAAUUUAAGAAGGAUUAAUAAUAAUGUAAUGCUCUGGAUUUUUCAAAAGAGAUCUCCUAAACCCACCCACUACCCUUGCCCAGUCUGCUGUUUAAAACAUUUUUCUAUUUUUUACUUUUUUAUUUUCUCUUUUUAUUUAUUUUGUUGUUGUUCUUGUUAGCCCUCAAUCAUAUGGAAGAACUAAAAUUGAUAUAUUCUGGAAGUACUUACUGGAGUUAUUUUUAUUUUAGUAUCUUGAUGUCAAAAGGGAACAAAGGCUUUUAAAAGUAAAAGCCUCUGUUAAUUCUUUAUUUACUUUUUGCCCUAAAUUGCUGAGUGUGAUCCAACAGUCUUUUAGGAAGAAAUUUUAGGCUGGUGCUUUAUUUACAUCAAUAAUUCAGAAUAGUUAGGCUAUUCAUUUUUCAAGAUAAUACAUGUAACAGAAGAAUGAAACUCUCACAUGUUUAUAUGUAGGCACAUUCCCAUUUAAUUCCAAAAUGUACUAUAAUGCUGUAUACAAAAUAUAUUUUGAUUCCCUAAUUUUAAUUUAUUAGUACCAAAGUUCUCUUUUACUGUAGACAAUUAAGAGUUGAUCUUUUAAGUUACAUGCUUAAUAACAGUUAUAGGAAAAUAUUUUGUGGGCAAGGAGUUUCAGUUCACUAUGUCAUUUAAUGUCCAAUUCUAUGAAUAGAUUUACUAUCUAAGCAUAUUUAGCAGUUAUUUUUUUAAAUAAUCUAAACAUUGAAAGGAUCUCUUUGAUUCAAAAUAACUUGUUUGUAAAAGAAAAUUUGUUUACUCACUCAGUAGUAGACUCUUGCAUAUUCAUUAUGUGUUGUCAAAUCAAAUUUUUCUAGGUUGAAGAUGAGAUUAUCUUUAAGUUGUAUAGUCUUAGUUUAGAUUCUCUAUUUUGGUUAAUAAAAUGUUUAGUUUUUACUUGUUUGUCCUUUUGAAUUGCUGUUUUAAUAAUAUUUUUAAAUGAGCACAAAUGUUGAGUUCAGAUUAAUCUCUUAAAUUUUUUUUCUGUAUGAUGCAUGAUUUCCAUCUUGUUUUCCCCUUUGGUAAUGAUAUUUGCAAUGUUGAUUAAGACAUGUAAAAUAAAAUGUAUGUCUAAUUAUUUUUGCAAAUGGAUUGUGAUGAUUUUAGUGUAUGGGAUCAUGCUCCUGUAUACACUGUUAUGAUGGUAAUAGCGGUAAGUUAAGUUUAUAAUUCUUUUAAUUGUUUGAAAAUGCAGACAGUAGCAUAUUUUUUAAAAAAUCAAGCUUCCUUUUAUUUAGCAAGGUGUCAUUAACCAGUAAGUAUUCUGAAGUGGUGUUAGCACUAUUAUUGCAUUAACUCAUGAACAAACUAGAAAUGAUCAGGGAUCUCUGGGACCCAUUGGGGCCACUAUAAAAGGAAGCAAGUGAGGGAAAGGCACGGUGGCCCUUCCCUGUAAUCCUAUCACUCUGGGAGCCUGAGGUGGGAGGAUCAUUUGAGCUCAGGAG